AUGCAAGUGGUGUGAAAUGAUUAACAGCUGAUCAGACCGAUGAGACCGAAUACGGCAAAGGCGGUUUUUGUGCUUCACUAAACAAGAUUUUUUUAGAUAAAAAUAUCUAUUAUUUCAUUAAUUGAUGGCAAAUUAUAGUGAAUUAUGUCGUUUGUGUGCAGAACCUGGCCGGAGCUUGAUCUCACUAUUCAAUCGACAGCAUAAAUUUGUUGACCACAUAUUUCGGAUAGCGGAAAUACAGGUUGGAGAGAAUGAUGGUUUACCACAAUCCAUUUGCUACAAUUGUUCAGAGGAUCUAGAAAAACUGGAACAAAUGGUGCAGAAAUGUAGACAAUCUGAUCAACGCUUCCGAGCGAACGCUAUGUUGCGAGAUGCCAAAGACUCAAUCGAAUCCUCAGAGUUGGUCGAAAUGAUUGAAAUCAUCGAAGAAGCGCCGACUAAUGCCGAAAUCACAAACGAUGAUAUUAUUGAUCAGGUUGAUGAUUUAUCACAAGAGAUUGAUAGUGUAGACGAUUUGAUCAUCGUAGAUCCCCUGGCACAGCUCGCCGAAAGUCAAGAAGCCAAUUAUACCCAAUGUUGCGGCUGCGUUGAAUGUUUUGAUUCUCACGAGGCGCUUCUAAGGCAUUCGCAGUUGUGUCACAAAUCGGAUCGAGGAACGUGCGGACCGCUACCGGACAACCUUAUUGAAUGCAACAUAUGUUACAAGAUGUUCUCGGGUAUUCUCUACUUAGACUCGAUGCAUCGAUUAAGCGCCUUCAAAAAUCGUCUAAGCUCAGUAGGCUUCCCCGAUGUGAUGCAGUGCUGUUCUUGUGAAGUGUUGUGCUCAAGCAGUGAAGAGAUUCUUCAGCAUUCGCAGACGCACCUCAAAGAUCGAACGGAACAUGAUCCAGCGAAACCGUUUGAGUGCGAAAUUUGCUAUAAAAGAUACAACAAGAAGCAAACAUUAAACUUCCAUCAAAAGUUUGGAUACAGUUAUAAGAAACAAAUGACUACCAAAAGACGUGGCUGUCGAGCGAUUAGAAAACGAAUGGAAAUAGAAGGAUCUAUGGACAACCGAAAAUGUUGUGGAUGCUCGACCGAAUUCACAUCGAUCGAUUCUUUAAAACAGCACUCGCGAAUGCAUCACGAGCUAUACCGGCGUCAGACCGAUAGCGAUCACCCUUUCGAAUGUGAUGUGUGCUUCAAACGCUUUCAAACUCAAAUCAAACUGGAACAACAUCGACUGGUUCCCUACACCUUAGAACAUAAGUGCAGCGAAUGCGAAAAGUCGUUCCGCUCUCAGUCUGUACUCACAAAACACAUGGCAAUUCAUUCCUUACAAGAUGGUGAAUCGGCAAAAAAGACUACCUUACCUCAACUUUCUACGCCAGUACAAUGCGACGAAUGUGGAAAGUUUCUGCAAAACGACCAUAAACUCCGCACCCAUUUGAAAUCAGCCCACCUAACGGAUAAACCCUUCCAAUGCAGUUUAUGUUCGCGUCGGUUCAAGUGGAAGCACAUAUUGCAGAAUCACUUGCGGGUGCACACCAAGGAACAACCCUAUUCCUGUCGGCACUGUUCGCGAAGCUUCACGCAACUGGCGGACAAGAAUCGCCAUGAGCUAACCCAUAGCCAGGAAUUUCCAUUGCGGUGUUCCGUUUGCGGGAAAGGAUUUCCCGGCGGAAGGAAAAAGCUGCUGGAAAAGCACGAAGAGUUACAUCAGCGCGGCGAAGAGUAUCCUUUCACUUGUCGGUUUUGUGAUCGCACCUUUACCCGGUUGCCGCAGCGAAACAGACACCAGGCACGGCACGUCGCAGAGCGCAACCGGAACCUAACAAUGGCGCAGAUGGAUGCGGAAUGAGGCUCUGGUAAGUAUCAUCUUGGUGGGUAAUGAUGCAUGGUCGGAAAUAACGUCGAUAUGCACUUGAAAUCGUUUGCUUGGUAAAUUUUGGUUCAAAAGAUGCAUGUUGAUGCGCCAUAUGUAACCAUUUUUGUUCAAUCUUUGGCAACGAAAAAUGUAUAUCAACUUGAAUAUAAUUUGGGUUACUCUUGUG